AUGGUCGCUUGUAAGGUCACGCACGUAGACCCAAGAUGCAUUGCAUCGUGUGUCGCUGUGACAACAGCCAUUGCAAUGAUGUUACAAGGGAAGCAUAUGAAGCAAACUGGAGAGUAUGAUGUCGAGGCAGUGAUUAAAGAUGCAUACAAGUACGCCUGUAAGACACUUGAAACUACAGCAGAGGUAAUUCUAUGAAUUUUAUGUGGAAGUAGUACCAUUUUGAAUUUUUACCCUUUAAACCCUAAGAUCAAAAUAUGAAUUCUCAUUUGUUGCACCUAUUCAUUUCCUACAGAAGUAGUGGGGAGAAGUUGAUAAAAUAUCAACUAAGCAAAUUAAUCUUGUGUGAUCAUGUCUGUAAUUCUCAUGACCACUCCAUUUUACAAAGCAUUGAUAUUACAAGGAGAAAUUAGAGGCUGAUCACUGUUAGGGCUUAAAGGGUUAAUGUCAUAUAAUUUGUGUAUUGUUAAGAAAAAACUCGUGUCAAUAAAAUUUUAAGAAGAAUAAGAAUUUGAAUUUCAUUUCAAAAUAGCUGGCAGUUAUAACAGUGAAGACCAGAAAACAGCAUCGUCUUCUAAACCAAAUAUUCUGGCAACUAAAACAAAAAUAUUUAAAAAUGCAGUAGAUCUAAAAUGAAGUGGAGCAUGUUGGUAUUAGCUGACCUUUGAAUCUCUAUUUAGGCUGAAGAGCUCAAGAAGUACAUGUUUUGCACGUCAUUGGGUGACCUCCAGCUCGAUGAGAGUGAUAAAAUAGGCUACACAUACAAAUGUAUGGGGGCAGGAUUUUGGGCUUUGAGGCAGAACGACUUCCGAGCUGCAUUGGAGGCCAUAGCAUAUGAGGUAACUUCAAGUUCAAAUCUACUUCCGGGCACAUCAUUUGAGAGGUUUUGUUUAGAGAAUGGAUUUGACAAAAUUUAUCUGGAAAGCAUGUUAUUCAGCUAAAUAUUUUCCAGAGGCUUAGCAACCCGUGUGCUGGUACGCAUAUGCGGACAUGAAAUGAUGUUGAAGAUUGAAGAGACAGAUAUUAAGUAAAAAGGAUAGAGUUUUACUAUCCCCCGUUGCAAGUUUUACAUUCAUAAAAAACAGUAAGAUAAAUACUCUCGCCACUGUUUGUGCCAAUUCUAAAGGCAAGUAUAAUUAUGUCUUCGUUUUUGUGGACAAUCUUUUACUGCAAUCAACAGCCGAUGGUCGGCCACCCUCGAGGCAAAAUAAUGAACCAGCCUCUUCGUUUGCUCUUCAAAAAGGUGUAGCUAAGCCCAUGUUAGCCUGUGUACAUCCACCCACACAGGUUAAGCCCAUGUUUUCAGUCCAAUAGCAGUUAUCAUCUCAGGUUGCUUCAAACGUUUUACUUUUGAAUUACCCAUUUUAUGGAUUCUUGGAGAACCUCAACACAUUUUAGCCAAGGACAGCUCGUGUACAAGCUGGAGAAAACUGGCGACAUUUCGUGACGCCAAGACUUACCUCUCACGAAGACAUUUUUAGUGGAGCUCCUAUUUCCUUUGUGGGGAGGGAAGAUACAAGCUCCCCUAAAAACAAGUAAAAAGCUUGCGUGGGAGGCUACGCUACCACUGGUUUCCCCGCGAAGUGACGUCUGUGAAAUGAGCACUAACCCUGAUCUCGGUAGUGCUUCUGAUUGGUUGAGACAAAUUUCCCUCUCUGCAGGACCAAUCAGAGGCACGACCCAGAUCUUGGUAGUGACGCAUCAUCGGUAUGGAACUUCUGUGCUCAUUUCUCAGACGUCAUUUCGCAAGGAAACCCGUGCUGACGUCGCGAAAGGUCGGCUACUUUCUCAGGCUACUUGCGUACCAGUUUUCCAUGCUACUGCAGUUUGUUUUAGUCUGGUUGUGUUUCUCAUCUUGCAGGGUGGGGAUGCUGACACUAAUGGCGCGGUAGCCGGAGCUCUGUUGGGCUGUAAACUUGGUAGCAGUGCUCUUCCACCAACUUGGCUCAAAGGACUGAAGCACAAAGGCUGGUUAGAU